UCCGGUGUUUCAAUAUGGUGGAUCAGCUGGUUGAUAAUAUAGGGUCUUUCAGUUAAUUAAAUUCGGAAUAGCCAUGAUUUUAAGAAAAUGGGUUCAAUUGCUUCAGUUUUGCAGUGGCACUGUGAAAAGUGCACCCUAAUAAAUCCUACAGAACAUAAAAAGUGCAUAAGAUGUGGUAAGGAACGUGAAUUUAAACCCCUGCGAAAAUCUGGGUUUAGGGGUAGAAGUGCCAGUUUCAGUGGAUCAUCUUUUACUUAUUCUGGGUAUCCCACUUCUGUCAAAGAAAAUACCAGUUCUGCAAUAAGUGCUUCAUUCAAAGCUGUGGAACCAGGGCAUGAAGCUGACAACAAAUGCGCCGUUAUAGGUGAUAAGGUAGAGAAGGGUGUGGAGGACGAAAAGGAGCAAGAGGAAGCUGACGAAGAGGAGGAAGAUGUGAAGGAGGAAUUGCUGAAGAGGUUUCGCCGCACAAAACCAGCUGAUGUCCACCAUGAAGCCCGCCGUCGACCGAGGUUUUCAUCUUGGUCGCAUCCCUCUAAAGAAAAUUCUGUUUUUGAAGGCAAACCGGACCGCUCAGCCAGUGUUCCUUGCCUGAUGGCUGAGUGGGUGUGCGCAGUGUGCCGCACCUACAAUGCCAGUGUCACAGACCACUGUGCAGCCUGCGGCGGCGGUCACCAAUCCAAGUCAGUCACCGCCACCACGUCGCCAUCGCAGUGGAACCCCGACGACGACACCGACAAGAUAUCAUCAGCUGUCAUCAAGAACGUCAACAAACUGCUGGACAGCGAGUGUCAGAACUGUGAUGUCCAAGCACAAAACCGCUCACCCAAGCGACACAGUCCUUCAGUCUACGAGAAGGUCAAAUCGAAAGUUAGUCGGUCGUUGUCGAAUGGGGGUGGUGUGAUACAUAGACGAUGGAACGACAAAAACAGACCCAAUAGUUUGGUGAUUGAUAGUGAUAAGUCGUGGAAUGUCAACCAUUUGAAGCCUUCGACGUCGUGGACUUGUCAACGGUGCACACUGGACAAUAAGAAUGAGGUUGAUAGGUGUGAUGCUUGUGAAAUGCCACGUAAAGUCAACCUGCCUUCAACGUACAACACUCUGCCACGCUCUGCCACCAUCAUCAAGGUGCCUGAUUGGAACAAGUGUGUGGUGGAAGGGGGAGGUGGGUUCAAAUGUGAUAACAAUCAUGAAACCGGUGUCAUUACAUCGCCUGAAAGGUUGAUCUCGACUGUGAUUACAAGGGAUAGGGAGGAUGUGAAGUUGUCACCCAACGGUCCCUGGCCUAAUAAACCCAUGUACCGCCGCAGUUUGUCUGAGAUGCUGGCUGUGGAUGUUGCGGGGAAGUUGGAUAAUAAGGGGAACAGGAGGAGUAUGGUGGAGACGGAUGCCCAGGGCAACAUCCAACACACCACGUCACCACGCUUGAUGAACAACCUCAACCUGCAACUCACCCCUGCUGUAACAAAAUACUCCUACAUAGGCAUGUCUGAACCCAUAGUGCCCAGUAUUGCUGGAGGGGGAAGAAGCCCCCAAACUCUCACCCCUGUCAAAACAGUCUCCAGUUUUGGAGCAACCCCUGAAGUGAUGGAUAACAGUGAUGUGGUGGUGAAAAAGUCCACAACAAACGGCGCCUUUGGAAGGAUGUGGACUUGUAAAAAGUGUUCAUUCCCCUACAAUCCGAUCUGGAUUGAAAACUGUGAUAUUUGUGGCUCGAUUAGGACGCCUGCGUCGCUGACUGAGCCCAGUCUGAUAACUGUAACAAAGGACAGUGUCAGGUACACUCCGCCGAAAAUGGGUGAAGUGGGUAAACGGAGGUUGUCGUCAUCCUCGUCAAACAGUGACCACCAGGGGGACACCACAACGAUAGUGGUGGACAGUGGUGUCGGUGGUGUUCUGCAACAGGAUCUGGAGGAUGACUUCCAGUUUCUGCCGGCUGAUUUCAACGAGAUGGACUGGAAGUGUAAGAAGUGUACACUGGUGAACAGUGGGGCAUCCAUGGCGUGUGAGGUGUGCGGGGGGUCCAAGUUGAAGUCCAUCACACAAGUGCGGGACAUGACGCUGAAGAAGGGGGAGUUCUGGGUGUGUCCGCAGUGCACCCUUAAAAACCCUCUCCAAAGAAGUAUGUGUCAAAUUUGUAAAACGGGGAAACCGGUGCGAUCGUUAGAGGUGCCCCAUAGUAGAAGUGGGGGAGCGUCUAGGAGUCCCUCGCCACGGGGCGCGUCGAAAUCAAGAUCAGGGGGGAACCCACAACUGGGGGCCAUUCCGAAACAGAAACAUGUGCGGAGGAGUAACUCCGGUGGGCGGGGGAGUGCUAGUGUGUCAUCACAUCACGUUAGAAGCAACAACAGUCGGACUACCCCAAACUUUGUAACGAAUAAUAGUAACGAAUUAUCUGUGAUACCGGGGGGUGGCGGAUCUAAGGGGGGUGUUUCCCCCACAACCACCCAAGCCCCACCCCCCACCCCACCCUGGCAUUGCUUGCACUGCACUUUUGAGAACCGCGGACUGGCGUCGACGUGUGAGAUGUGUCAGGCGUCGCGGAGUGUUGUGACGACGUCUAGUGUGAAUGUGACAGUGACGUCGCCGUCUGUGACGUCAUCGUCACACCCGGGCGACAAGAUGGCGUCGCCGUCACCGGGCGUAGCGCGUACGCUGAUUGGUCAGGCCAGUGAGCUGAUGGAGGAUCUGAGGCAGAUUGAGGAGAGGGACGCGUUGGAGAACUGGGAGCGGAUUGUUCGAUUCUGUACUGAUAACAAAGAGCCGUUCGUGGAUGACUCAUUCCCGCCGGCUGACUGCUCGUUGUAUUACAACGGUGGGUCAGGAGGGGAGACCAAGGACAGUCACGUGGCCCAGUGGUUGCGUCCCUAUGAGAUACACACAGAGGGGUGUGACUCCAAGCAGGAGUGGACCAUAUUCAGGAAUCCUCUGCCUUCAGACAUAUCGCAAGGUGUUUUGGGCAACUGCUGGCUGCUGAGUGCCUUGGCAGUGUUGGCAGAACGCGAGGACCUGGUCAAGAAGAUAAUGGUGAUGCGCAACUACUGUGAGCAGGGUGCCUACCAGGUGCGACUGUGCAAAGAUGGGAAGUGGACAACGGUGUUGGUUGACGACCUCUUGCCCUGCGACAAGCGCGGACAUCUUGUCUAUUCGCAGGCUAAAAGAAAACAACUAUGGGUGCCUUUAAUAGAAAAAGCUGUAGCAAAGAUACAUGGGUGCUACGAAGCGCUUGUAUCAGGGAGAGCUAUCGAGGGGUUAGCUACCUUAACAGGUGCCCCCUGUGAAAGUGUGCCCCUACAGCCGAGUUCACUGCCAUCUGAAGACGAGCUGGACAAGGAUUUGAUCUGGGCGCAACUGCUGAGUUCACGGCUGGCACGCUUUCUGAUGGGCGCCUCCUGUGGAGGGGGUAACAUGAAGGUGGAUGAGGAGGAGUACCAGAAGAAGGGGUUGAGACCCAGACACGCGUACUCAGUGCUAGACGUUCGCGACCUCUGCGGUCACCGAUUGGUGCGCCUUCGCAACCCUUGGGGUCACUACUCGUGGAGGGGUGACUGGAGUGAUGACUCCCCCACCUGGACCAGCCAACUCAGACAGCUGCUCAUGCCUCACGGUGCUUCCGACGGCGUGUUCUGGAUAUCGUUCGAGGAUGUGCUAAAGUACUUUGACUGCAUAGACAUCUGCAAGGUGCGAGAGAGUGGCUGGAACGAGAUCAGACUAAGAGGCACCCUGCCACCCCUCUCCUCCAUCGACCACCUGUCCUGCGUACUGCUCACUGUGCUCGAGCCAACCGAGGCUGAGUUCACGCUGUUCCAGGAGGGACAACGUAACUCGGAGAAAAGCCAGCGAUCGCAGCUGGACUUGUGCGUGGUGGUGUUCAGAACUCGCUCGGUGGCGCGGCCUGAGGUUGGUCGCCUCGUUGAGCAUAGCAAGCGACAGGUGCGCGGAUUCGUCGGCUGCCACAAGAUGCUCGAACGCGCCAUGUACAUCCUAGUCUGUCUGGCAUUCAAUCAUUGGCAUACUGGUAUGGAAGAUCCAGCUAACUACCCCGAAUACGUGCUAGCCAUUCAUAGUUCGAAACGACUGCUGGUCGAGCAGAUAUCACCACCUGCCUUCAUCCUCGCCGAUGCCAUCAUUAACCUCACCCUCGCCAAGGGCCAACGCCAUGAGGGCCGGGAAGGCAUGACUGCCUACUACUUGACGAAGGGGUGGGCGGGGCUUGUAGUGAUGGUGGAGAACAGACAUGAGAACAAGUGGAUCCACGUCAAGUGCGAGUGUCAGGAGAGCUACAAUGUCGUCUCCACGCGCGGCCAACUCAGAACUGCCGAUUCGGUGCCUCCGCUGCACAG